GAAGUUGCCACGUCGCCAGCGCCGUGAGGCGGUCCUGGACGUCGCGCAGACGUCACGCAGUCGGCGCGCAGUCUUCGGCAUACCAUUUCGUCGCCCCUGAUGGCCUGAGGACAGCCCGGGCGAGCGCGGAGGAUCCACAUUGCGGGAGACACCGCACCGGGAGGAGGUCGUCCUCGGCAACAAAAGGACGUCCUCUGUGACAUCCUCCGUCCCUCGCGAGAAGAGACACCCCCAGCGAGCCACUUACCGAGAAGAAAGCAGGAACGGUUUCACCGAGAGAAGGCACUGCUCCUCCGGAGCCGCUCCCCCGAGGGGACCUCGUGACGCUCCUGAUUCGUCGCGAUGUGCGUUGGGUGUCUUCGAUACUACUCCACCUAGAAACAGUUCCGCGGUGCGAGUGCCCUGGCCAAGCAGCGGUCGUGGUCGGCAUGGCCAUCAUGGAGGAAGAAGCGAUGCUGAGUGUCAUGGGAGACGUAUGGAAUGACACGCGCCGGCUCUGCGAGAAGUGCGGUCAGGUGCUGCCGUGCUCCAUGCCACCGAGCCUGUAUCUCUUCGUGCUGCAGGGCGUGGUGAUGAACGUGGUGAACCUGCUCGGCAUCGUCUGCAACACCGUUUCCAUCUACAUCCUGUCGCGCAAGCAGAUGCGCGCCUCCAUCAACUGCUGCCUGAUCGGGCUGGCAACGUUCGACAUCCUGCUGCUUGUCUGCUCCAUCUUCGUGUGGGGCGUGCCGGCGCUGAGUCAGUACUCGCCGCGACUACGCGCGCUCAGCGGCCGCCUCAUCCCACACAUGACUCCCUGGCUGUACCCGCUGGCUGCCAUCGCGCACACGGGCAGCACGUACGUCACCGUCACCGUCACCAUCGAGCGCUACGUGGCCGUGUGCCACUCGCUGAAGGCGCGCUACAUCUGCACGUACGGCCGCGCCCGGCUCUACAUGAUCGUCAUCAGUGUAUGCGUCGUGCUCUACAACGUGCCCAAGUUCUUCGAGACGGAAGCACGGCCGAUCCUGGAUCUGAGAGAAAACAUGACGGUGGUCGGGUUUGUCGCGUGUCCCACGGACCUGCGCAGCGAGCUGGUGUACAUCGAGGUGUACAUCAUGUGGAUGUACCUGGUGGUGAUGUACUGCAUUCCUUUCGGCACACUGGUGGUGCUCAACAGCCUUAUUUACAAGAACGUGCGCAUCGCAAAUAAGAUGCGCCAGCUGCUGAGCCGGCGCCAGGAGAAGGAGAUCGGUCUGGCGACCAUGCUGUUCGCCAUCGUGCUCCUCUUCAUAGUCUGCAAUAGCCUCUCUUUCGUCAUCAACAUCAUCGAGCUGCUCAACAAUAGCGGCAUGCAGAUCGUAAACGACGACGGAAUGGAAAGAAUCGCUGACUUCAGCAACCUCCUCAUCAACAUCAACUCCUCUUCCAACUUCAUCAUCUACUGCACCUUUGGCCAGAAAUUCCGCCGCCUCUUCUUGCGGCUCUUCUGCUCGCGCCUGCUGCGGCGGCGCGAUGCCGGCUGGAACGGCGCCGAUGACGUCACCCUCGCUGGCGGCGCUAACGGCGCACACGUGCCGCUGAAGCGGCUGGACCGCAGCACGCAGCGGCGCGGCCUCCAGCCGCCCGAUGGCCACCAGCUGCUCGCGCCGCCGGCCUCAGCCGUCUCUCACCGCACCGACGAGACCGUGGACAUGUGA